CUAUCAGCUCAUCGUUGCACUGUCCGAUGCGGAAUCACCAUCGAUCUUUUGACGCACCAGCAAUUGACUACCGUACCGCGAAUGGUGGACAGCAGGCUUUAUAUGAAUGGCUACUUUAUUUGUUUGCGCAGGGCUUGCUGUUUGGCGUUUGUGGGACGUACAUAGGCAGACUCCAGCACUUCUCACCUCAGGUCAGGGGUCAAGUCGAAUUUCCUUCACUGUCGUGAACGCUAUUCUCGUGGAAUCCGCCCUCAUGUACACGCUCACGGUCAUCGCGGUCACUGUCACGGACUUUCUGGAAUUUAACGUCUACUACUUCGCGAUCGAUGCGAGCGUGCAGGUCGCGGGAAUAUGUUUCGAUCUCGUCCUCGCGCGCAUCUGGAAUGGCGUUGCAGGCGAACAGAUCCAGUCCUCUGCGCAUACGCGCCAGUCCGAACUUCAGUACUGGCACAGCACAUCACUCUCCACACGCAUGGAGAACCUGGGUCUCGAGCCCGUGGCAGGUACAAGCCGGGAGCGCAUGCUGCCAUGGUCUUGCAAUGGCGGCGACUCGUUUGGAAGGGUGGGCGUCGCGAAGGCCAGAGCCCGUCGAGUCUCGAUGCCAGAGUUGAUGACAUCUCCCCGCGGUUCAUAGCCACGGCGUGAAAUGCGCCGUCUUGGACUUCUGUUGUCUGCAUUGGCGAUGUAAAGGCUGUUGCGAUUCGAUCCCGCGAGCCCUCGGCCCAAAAGAAAAGUCCGAGCAUGAAGCGGUUCAUAAAUGGGGCCGCAACAGGUAUUCGCAGUCCUCGUCGAACUAUGUCGAUGUC